AUGCUCUAGCAAAUGGAAUGAAGAGCGAAGAAGUGAGCGAUGCGUUACCAUUAUCAAUUGCCGAGGUUGCUGCGACAUAGAGCCAUUCUUUUUAAUUAGAGCUGCGCCGAGACAUUGCGCGUCUAGCAUGCGCCGGUUGACAACUACUAUCACCACUACUACUCCUCUUUCUCAUGAUUCUGUUUCUGGAAGACGUUAGUUUACUUUAGAAGCUUGCGUUUUAAGCCAUAAUCAUCAUGUUCUUGUUCUACUCAGAUCGUCUCUCACGACUUCAGGUCUUAAAGACACUUUGUGCGACCUGGUUCUGCUGCCACUUGGUGCUUUGCUAUUCGUACAGAACUGAUACAAUAGAGACACAGGCAGAGUCGUCGGCAGAAGCGAAAGCAGAAAUUCCAACCAAAUACGCAGAUUUGUUUGAUGAGGACGAUGAUAUGGACGAAGGAACGCAGCCACUAUCGCCCAAUCCAGCUCCUUCAACUUCGUUCUUAAGAGUCAUUACACUCAUUCGAAAUACACGUAGAGAAGAUGUCACUUUAUUAAGAUUGUACUCGCAGCAGAGCCAUAAUGAAAUGAGAAUGGCUUCACCAUAUUUCUAUCCUACACUCUACAUACGAGAAAUGUAAAAGUCCGGCUAUCAUUCUUUUUCUUAUACUUAGUACUAGUAGAGUCGUGUAGUUUUAGUACUGGUGCAGCGUACUGGCAAUCUCGUGGACGCUCUAAUUUCUCGAAAGAAAAACCGGUUUUUCCUUUGCGUUUUUGUACCUGUUACGGGGAAAAGCAAGAAAGAUGUGGAGUUAUCCCAUGUGCAAAUGGAGACCUGUUAUGGAAACAUGAACGUCUUGCAAUCUUACUCUCACUGAUUGUACUUCUCAAUUUUCAGUAUGUGUACAUGUAGUUGUAGUCCAUGCGCUACCACCAUACGUGUAAGUAUCUGUAGAGGAGUAAAAGGGACAAAAGGUCUAGGCUGAUGUCGUUGCGUAAAAUCUUAUGGAGACACUGUUCUAAGCAUCGAUGCGCCACGGCCGAUCAGACGCGCGCGCUUUCUUCGUAGGUGAUGUGCUGUCUGAGAAGCAUAGAUCUCGCACGAUCUCCAUCGUCGGCGACGACGAACUAUUAAGUCUCUCAGCAUAAAAUCAUUUGUCGCAACGAUCAUUUUCUUCUGUUUCCUCUUUGGGAUAAUUCUGGAGAACAGAAUUGAAAGGAAGAACAGAACUCAGACAAUUGCUUACGCUUGGUUCGAGCUCACUCUAAGACUACCUUAUCCCCAAUUACCAGUGCGGACGUUCAAGAUGUGGACCUACCUAGGCAUCGGGGAUCUUCACCUAGGAGCAGGUAUGUUGGAAAACAAUGUAAGUUUAAAAUAAAAAGGUAUCUAUGUGAAGAAAGUCGUACAACUUCUGAAGAGGAGGUCGUCAUGUGGGAGGUCGUCCUGUGAAUUUUUGUUCUCGAGAAGCUGAAAUGAGCUUCUUAUUCUAAGCUGCAUCAGGAGUCGGGCUCGGGAGCGAGGAACUACGGGGAGGAUCGAAGUAGGCACUACAAUAGGACAGGCAUAUUGCGACGCCGCAGGCCUGAUGGUAGAGGGUCCGCAGCAGACUACGCCCCUCCAUCGGCAACAGUUCUCGAGCGAGAACAUCGAACAAAUAAAGGCGUGUCGCGGAGGACCGACGUCCUUGCAGAAGAGUCAGCAGCUGGUGUGCGAAUGAACGUGCGGCCGGUGCGCAAUGGUCGGCGGGCCGGCGCAAGCUAUCCACAACAGAAUGCCGACACAGGAGCCACGUCGAAUACUCCCUCUUCAGCAGCAGACUUCGCGGUCGACAUUGAAGACCGGUUCCUGUGGCCUACGUGGUGGAAUGCAGACUUGGAAGAAGCAACAUCUACUCGACGUGGCAAUCCUGGUUUACCCGAAGACGUUGACGAAGAUGGGGCUGCAGAUGAUGGAUCUUCACGAGAUUCUCAGCAUCAUGCUGAAGAUGACGUAACGCUAGAGGAUAUCGAUCUUUCAAAUCAGUAUGAGGGACUGGUUCCUCACACUGCCUACGACACACAGCGGCAGCAUUUCUGGAGUCCACCUUUCUCAGAGCAGGUAUCGUGCGACUACUACAUGAAAGCCGAUCCGGACAGCUACGUUAACGUUCCUCAAGUGAUUGAGCGCCUUCAGUGCUUCCCGAAGAAGCGCAAAGCCUAUCUCGGCGUCGUGCACGCGGUGGCGCCUACAGAAGACACUUAUGGGCCAUACUAAAUUUGAAAUGUAGAAGUUACAGUGAUCUUCCGGAAUAAUGUUGGCCAUUUAUCACCAAUAGGUGGCCAAACGGGAAUUACCGAAAGGAUGAGCAUGUGAGUAGGUUCUUAAACGUCUACUUUGUCUAAGACACCGCGCUCUUCUUUGGUCACGGUGGCUCCGGUUAUAUGAUCACCAAGUCACUGCUCCCGCUUGCGGCGAAAUGGUCUGUCAUUUGCCUUAGCGAACUGAUCAAAUUAAGCAGGACGUAAUUUGCUUCACAUUUCGUUGCAAUUGAUGUGUAUGUGAUACAAAAAAAAUUUGUGUCUGAGAACUUUUGGAAGCAGAUAGCAGUGAAGACAUAGCUCUUAACGUUUUGGUUCUUGCACUUGCUGGAAGCACCAGCCCCAUUGCUUUUCAUACGCAAGUACCUCCCGGUCUGAUCUCAUCUAAUCGCUUCCUCAGACGGCGUGGGAAUGGAAGACGUCCUCUUCAGUCGCUGCCUUCGGGAUCAUGGCAAUAUUGGUGUGGAGUCGUAUGGACACACUUAUACCGAGUUCAUCCUGAACUUCCACCAAGCCCAGCGUUAUAUUUUUUAUGCUUUCGAUUGCGAGAACCUCCUUCGAGUUCGAGAACUAAAUAAGCGAGUUAUAAGCUUAGUGUUGGAGCUUAGUUUUGGAUAUGCGACUCACUUAACAUGCACUUGAUUUGGCGACAGUCUAUGUGACUGGAGUCUUGGCCCGGUGCAGCAUAUAUCCGGGCAAUAUACCCUUCGGGGUAUAAGAGUUAUAUACCGAGUUCAUCCUGAACUUCCACCAAGCCCAGCGUUAUAUUUUUUAUGCUUUCGAUUACCCAAGUAGUGGCAUUGGAGAAUAAGCGUUUGACUUUGAGGACCGAAAUAGAGCCUAAGCCUCACAAACCUGCUUCAUCCCCAUAGUUGUUCUCAGAACACACAUAUCCUUUGCUUCUAAUCCCCAAACGGCACGCGGCUGAUGCAUGGGGUGGAUCUGAUCCCGCCUCCGCUCCAUAAAUGCACCCUCGUCGCCCAUCCAAUCGAGCGCUCUGAAGAUUUGCGGCUUGCUCACACGCGUGUAAAACAUUUCGAGCUUAUGUCUACUGCUGGUGCUGGGUCAGGGGGUGGUACUUUUAUGUUCAAGAACAUCUAAAUCAGUAUCUUCAAGUUCAAGAGUGUUGGACAACGUGUAGUAAGAUACUCUUCAAGAACAUUGUGAAUGUAGUUUUUGUUCCAGACAGACAGGAACAGGAUGAAUGAGUGAGACUCGCCACAUGACCUCAACCUCAACAAAGGGUGUAGUGCCAAGAAAAAAAUAGCUACUUCUUACUUAUCCUGCACCAACCUACAGCUACAAGGAAGUACAACAGGUGCGCAUGAUACACCUGGAGGCGAGGCUUCUUUACCAUCGAUUCGAGCUAUGGCGCCGCCCCAUAUCCGUAUACCCAGAGGCGGAUGCAAACUGCAACCUUUUACAAUAUCUACGCAGGCAGAGGUGCGUAUUUCGAAGGGAGAGGAGUCCAUGUUCGUCUGGAAUCAUGACCAGAUGCGACACCUCUAUAAGUGCUUUCGCGGAAGCAGAAAAAGAUGUAUGAAGUCGACGUUGACAUUGAUGUACCUCGUCUCGAUGAAUGCCACGCUAUUAAGUACGACUCGACUAAUUCUGUCCGUGGACGUGGUAGAUUUCUUGUAGAAGGUUCAGUUGUAGUCGCGUUCAGUGUUUCUGAUUCCGCACCUAGAUGCUACUUAGAAGGACUUGUAAAAACAAACCUAAAGGGUUCUUUCCGGUUCUAUGAGCGCAUCCUCUUUUCAUCUGCUAUCGUUGCCGUGAUGAGGCGAUCGUGGAUGAGCGAUAUUAUGGGUUAAAAGCCGCGCCGUACGGAGACGAGUCAGCGCACGAGUGCAAGGAUGCCUGCUGCGAAUCACUAGCUUGUGCCAUGUGGUUGUACCGAGAAAACGACGGCUGUUGGCUGGGCCACCAAGAGGUUGCCGAGAAAGGCAAGUCGGUGUAUGAACCUGGCUGGAUUGGCGGGAUAAAGGUGUUGCAACGCUUUGCCCAACCAGUGGAGCUUGCUCAACGUGUUCGCGCGAGCGUCCGAUAUUAUGUUCAAUAGUACUUCUUGUUGAACUUGUGAAUUAUUCAUACUUACUUCUGGGCGUUCAUGUCAGUCUUUCGUUCACCACGAAAGUUAUUGUGUAUGAUGAUUCUGAUGAGAUGAUGAUCAUCGUCCGCGUUCUCGUUAAUAUGAUCAUUCUUGUCAAUUCACAUAAACCUUCCCACUUCUUCUUCUAAGCCUUUUCCCUAGCAGCCCAGGACGCCUUAUUGGACUGCUAUGGGCACAGCGAUGCAUUACGGACGUUUGUGGAGCGGUCACUGGACUUCGGCACAGAGCCCAACAGUGACGGACACUUCGAUAGACAGCUGUGGGCAAAAUUUUCACAACUUCUCACUUUCGAGUCGUCUUCAUGCGUCGCACCACAGAACGUGGUGGCGGAACUUUUAGCUGCUUUUGGAAGUGGGAGAAAACACGACAAUAGAUCAUUACAAGGUGGAAGCCCAGAUACCGAAAAAAAUCUGGAUCGCGCGAGAU